CCAACUCCACUCCACAGCCAAGCCCAAUUUCCCACUUCCAUGCAGUGGCGCGAGACUCAAAUCUGCCAAUCCAAAACCUAAGCAAAAGGGCUAACUAAAGCCCAGAUUAUAAUUCCUCUCCUUGUUUAAAGAAGCCGUUUUCAUGGCUUGGAUCGCCUCCACCCGCCCAUUGUCGCCAAAAUCCAUGAUCUUCUAUCACUGUUAUUCUGUAAAGGUUUUUUUUUUUUUUGAAGGGAAUAUAAGCAAUUCUUCUUGAUGGUUUUUGCUUGCAUCGCUUCUUGGUCUGAUUCUUCAUGUAGUUUAAUGCUUUCGUGUCUAUUGUGGGAAUCAUUAUCAAAGAAUGGGAUAGACAAGGGAUAGAGACUGCUGAUGUUGAUGGGAGGCAACUUGCCAAAGUAAGUUAUUUGCUGGUAUUUCAUUAAUUUCUGUUCUAAUUUGUAUUCCCGUUGAAUUUUUGGUGUCAAGUAGAUAUUAUGAUUCAAAUCAAUAAACCUCAACAUUUUUGGUGAGGGUUUAAUCAAAGAAUAUGAUUCUGUUGGAAAAUUUUCGCUUCCAAAUAAUACUUCAAAUCAGAACCCAUUCUAAUCCACUGAGUAGAAGCUCACCCAAAAUCCCAUUUGGUCCGUUCAACUCAUUUGUCCAAAAAAGAUGGAGAAAACCAGCAGAUACUGCCCAAACCCGCUUGGAGAACCGAACUAGAGACUCUAAACUGGACAAACUCACUACUCACCUCAAGAAACUCAAAACCAUCCUCAAAAUUCACGAGCUCAUGUCCAGUAGAAAACGCGGCCCUUAUGUAUCUGUGCAAUUGAUGUCCCGUUGGAAAAACAUUAUCGGAUUGAACUUGAGUGUGGGUGCAUUUGUUCAGAAAUACCCUCACGUGUUUGAGGUAUUCAUGCACCAUGUUAGGAGGAAUCUAUGUUGUAGAAUCACAAAGAAAAUGAGUGAUUUGAUUGGUGAAGAAGAGAAUAUUAUUAAGGAGUGUGAAUUGGAAUCUGUGAGGAGAAUAAAGAAGUUGUUGUUGAUUUCCAGAAGUGGAAUUCUUCACGUUCAUGCUUUGAGGUUGAUUAGGAGGGAACUGGGUCUGCCAGAAGAUUUUAGGGACUCGAUUUUAGGUAAGUAUAAAGAUCAUUUUAGGUUAGUUGAUUUGGAAGUAGUGGAACUAGUUGACCAAGCUGAGGAUUUGGGACUGGCUGAAAUUGAGAAAUGGAGAGAGAAGGAAUAUAGGGAGAAGUGGUUGAGUGAGUUUGAGAUUAAAUUUGCCUUUCUCAUUAAUUAUCCCACAGGGUUUAAGAUUGAGGGAGGGAUGAAAGAGAAAAUGAAGAAUUGGCAAAGGCUUCCUUAUCUGAAACCCUAUGAGACAAAGGAGGUUUUUAAGGUGCGUACUCCUGGAGGGGUAGAGCGGUAUGAGAAGCAGGCAGUUGCAAUAAUUCAUGAGUUCUUGAGCUUAACUGUGGAGAAGAUGGUUGAGGUUGAAAGAUUGGCACAUUUUAGAAAGGAUUUUGGUAUGGAAGUAAAUGUGAGAGAAUUGCUUUUGAAACAUCCUGGAAUUUUCUAUAUAUCAACAAAGGGAAGUGCACAUACUGUGUUUCUUAGAGAAGCAUAUGUCAAGGGGUGCUUGAUUUCACCAAACUCCAUUUCUAUUGUUCGGAGGAAAAUGUUAGACCUUGUCUUACUUGGUUCUCGAAAUACAAGAGAGUUGCAACCUCAAGAGGAAGUUAAGAAGGAAAGUGACAGUUUGGUUUCUACAGCACAUGCUAGAGGUACAACAGGUGGAAAUUGGAUAAUUCCAAUUCUUGACAGUUUAGACAAUGGACUUGACCAUGAUAUGGUUGCUUCAUCUGAGGAAGAUUUUGAUGAAUACCAUGAGAAUGGAAAUAGUGAAAGUGACACAAGUGUUGGUGGGUGAUAUGAGUGAAGCAUAUGAUGGACUUACAUUUAAUUGUUCAACUCCGGUCACAUUAUUUACUCUUUGAACAUCGGAAUAUUGCUACAUGGAUAGUCUGAUUAAGAUGAUCAAUUGCUACCCCUUGAAAUAUCAAGAAUUUGGUGUGAAGCUCCAAAUAUGAGGGAUGAUUGAUUUGAUUUUGUAUAUGUUUUGGAAAGAAUGGAUUCUUGACUUGAUCAAAAUGUAAAUGAUGGGAUUAGGUCUAGAAAUAUGAGAGAACAGUAUAAUCAAGUUUUUAGCUGUUUUUGACAUACGUUACUGCUUGACUUUUUUGUUCAAAAUAGAGCCAUUAUUUCACAGAA